UGGAUUUCUCCAGAGCAAUUACGUGACACAGCCAGAGACACAUGUGUGUGCCGAGGGAGUGUGACCUGUGACCACAGACCAACAAGCAUUCCUUCUCCCCAGGGCUCUGAAGACCGUUUGGGAGGCAAUGUCAGAAGAAUGGUGGAGAGCUGAUCCAUCGGCCCUGCUCUGAGGAACGAGAUCGACCAGGGUCACCUCCUGGAGCUGAAACCGAUCUGUAUCAUCAUCACCCAACCAUCAGAAGAUCAGCGUUUCAUUAUUCAGCAUCUAAUUAUCUGAGGAAGGUAAAUAAUUCAGACGUGGUUUUCCCUCCCACUGGUCCACGCACCGUCCACGUACACCAGCCAUGAGGCUGCUGCUGUUCUCUGCCUGCGCAAUGCUGUGGACCGUCUCCCAAUGCCACGCCGUCAGCUUUCCAGAAGACGACGAACCUAUUAAUGUUGUCGACUACCCCUAUUCCAGGCAGUAUCCAGUAUUUAGAGGACGCCCUUCAGGCAAUGAAUCCCAACACAGGCUGGACUUUCAACUGAUGUUGAAAAUUCGAGACACACUUUAUAUUGCUGGCAGAGAUCAAGUUUACACCGUAAGCUUGAAUGAAGUUCCCAAGGGCGAGGUUGUUCCAAGCAAGAAAUUAACAUGGCGGUCAAAGCAGCAGGAUAGAGAAAACUGUGCCAUGAAGGGAAAACACAAAGAUGAAUGCCACAAUUUUAUUAAAGUCUUUGUCCCCAGGAAUGAUGAGAUGGUGUUUGUCUGUGGAACGAAUGCUUUUAACCCCAUGUGCCGUUACUAUAGGUUGAACACCUUGGAGUAUGAUGGCGAAGAAAUCAGCGGCUUGGCGAGAUGCCCGUUCGAUGCUAGACAAACCAACGUUGCCCUCUUUGCUGAUGGGAAGCUCUACUCUGCCACGGUGGCUGAUUUCCUGGCCAGCGAUGCUGUCAUUUACCGAAGCAUGGGGGAUGGGUCAGCCCUGAGGACCAUAAAAUAUGAUUCCAAGUGGAUAAAAGAGCCCCACUUCCUCCAUGCCAUUGAGUAUGGGAACUUUGUCUAUUUCUUCUUCCGAGAAAUUGCUGUGGAGCACAAUAAUUUAGGCAAGGCUGUGUACUCUCGGGUGGCUCGCAUUUGCAAAAAUGACAUGGGGGGCUCCCAGAGAGUGUUGGAGAAGCACUGGACCUCCUUUCUCAAAGCUCGCCUCAACUGCUCCGUCCCGGGGGAUUCGUUUUUCUACUUUGACGUCCUGCAGUCCAUCACGGACAUCAUAGACAUCAGCGGCGUCCCGACCGUCGUGGGCGUCUUCACCACCCAGCUCAACAGCAUCCCCGGCUCGGCGGUCUGCGCCUUCAGCAUGGACGACAUCGAGAAGGUCUUCAAAGGGAGAUUUAAGGAACAAAAAACACCAGAUUCUGUUUGGACAGCUGUGCCUGAGGACAAAGUGCCACGGCCAAGACCUGGCUGCUGUGCCAGACACGGGCUAGCAGAGGCUUACAAAACCUCCAUUGAUUUCCCAGAUGAGAUGCUCUCUUUCAUCAAGUCCCACCCUCUGAUGGAUUCCGCCGUUCCAUCUGUCAUUGAAGAGCCUUGGUUCACAAAGACAAGGGUCAGGUAUCGGCUAACUGCCAUCACGGUGGACCGCUCUGCUGGCCCGUACCAAAACUACACCGUCCUUUUUGUGGGCUCUGAAGCCGGAAUGGUGCUUAAAAUCUUGGCAAAGACCAAGCCGUUCUCCUUGAAUGACAGCGUCCUCCUGGAAGAGAUUGACGCUUACAAUGGUGCCAAGUGCAACGGUGGGGACGGCGAAGAGGAGAGGAGGGUCCUUUCGCUGCAGCUGGACAAAGAGCACCACGCCCUCUUUGUCGCUUUCUCCAGCUGCGUCGUUCGGAUCCCGCUGAGUCGCUGCGAGCGCCACGGGACCUGCAAAAAGACUUGCAUUGCUUCUCGGGAUCCUUACUGUGGGUGGCUGAAUCACGGCGCCUGCGGAAGAGUCAGAUCCAGCAUGUUCGUCGGGGGAUACGAGCAGGAUGUGGAAUAUGGCAACACUGCCCAUCUUGGGGAUUGCCACGAAAUUUUGCCUUCUACAACUACACCAGAUUACAAAAUAUUUCGCGAUCCAACAUCUGACCUGGAGUUCUCCUCCGCUCCUUUUACCACAGUGGGAAGUGACUCUAUGCUCUCCCCCCAAGGGGUUGGUUCCUGGAAACCUAGAGUGACUGGCUCUCGGAAGUUUGUAGCACAAGAUGACCCAAACACUUCCGAUCACUCUGAUCCAUCGUCAGGGGUCCCGAAGGGUGUCAGGUGGGAAGUCCAGUCGGGAGAUUCCAACCAAAUGGUCCACAUGAACGUCCUCAUUACGUGUGUUUUUGCUGCUUUCGUCCUUGGAGCCUUUAUCGCAGGGGUGGCCGUUUACUGUUACCGGGAUAUAUUUGUGAGAAAGUCGCGGAAGAUACACAAAGAUGCAGAAUCGGCUCAGUCUUGUACAGAUUCGAGUGGCAGUUUCGCCAAACUGAACGGUCUCUUUGACAGCCCCGUCAAAGAGUAUCAGCAGAAUAUCGAUUCACCCAAGCUGUACUCAAAUUUGCUAACCAGCCGGAAAGAUCUGCCCCCAACAGGCGAUACCAAGUCCAUCAUGAUGGUAGACCACCGAAGUCAGCCACCGGAAUUGGCUGCCCUUCCGACCCCUGAAUCAACACCGGUGCUGCAGCAGAAGACGCUACAGUCCAUGAAGAGUCAGGCAGACAAAGCGUCUCAGAACAACCUCAGUGCUUCUAGAAAAGACACCCCUCUGAAGAGUCCUCAGUUUUUUCCGUCCAGCCCACCACCCCAUUCGCCUUUAAGCCAUGGGCAAAUUCCCAGCGCCAUCGUUCUCCCAAACGCCACCCAUGACUACAAUAUGUCCUUCUCAAAUUCCAAUGCGCACAAAGCCGAUAAAAAGAUGCAAAACAUGGACCACCCGCUGACAAAAUCGUCGAGCAAAAGGGACCACAGAAGGUCCGUUGACUCCAGAAAUACCUUGAAUGAUUUCCUGAAACAUUUAAACGAAACACCCAACAACCCCAAAGCCAUUAUGGGAGACCUCCAAGUGGCCCACCAGACUUUAAUGCUGGACCCCAUGGGAAACGUGACGGAGAUCCCUCCCAAAGUCCCAAACCGGGAAGCGUCGCUGUAUUCUCCUCCCUCUACUCUUCCACGAAACAGCCCCACAAAACGGGUGGAUGUUCCCACCACGCCCGCGGCGCCCAUGGCCUCUUUAGAACGACAGAGGGGCUACCACAAAAAUUCUUCACAGAGGCAUUCUAUAUCAGCCCUGCCUAAAAACUUAAACUCGCCCAGCGGUGUGCUGCUCUCCAGGCAGCCCAGCAUCAGCCGGGGAGGGUACAUCUCCCCUGCCCCCCCGGGCACAAAGAUGGACUACAUGCAAGGGACGCCGGCCAGCGUCCACCUGCAGCCUUCCUUGUCGAGGCAAAGCAGUUACACCAGCAAUGGGACCCUUCCCCGGACAGGAAUAAAGCGGACACCCUCCCUAAAACCGGACGUGCCCCCCAAACCCUCCUUUGCCCCCCAGGCCCCUUCGGUCAGACCCCUGAACAAGUACAGUUACUGACCCUUGCCGUCUUGUGUCAAGAGCAGCAGGGGAGGCAGUGCGGGAACAGACCUUGGGGCAGAGACUCGCUCGUUGCAAGCGCAAAGAGACCCAACGGUUUGGGACUCCAGCGACCUCUCGUUCCGCCAGGGGCCGAGCCAACAGCCAGGGUUCGCUGGCCGUUAACACUUUGGGAAGAAAAAGAAAGAGCUGGCCGUCCUUUGUUUUUCGUUCGGAGCCAAGGAGACCUGUAGCACAAGGGGGGGGGAAGGGGCCACCCGAGACCUUGGGGAGGAAAAGGAGGUGGAACGAAGACGCUCCGUCAGCAGAAAUACUUGAAAACAAUACCAACAACAGCAACAAUAAUAAUAAUAAUACUGGAAUGGGAUUUGGUUCCUAGACUGCCACAAUGUGUAGUCUUCCCAUGAAAUGUGAACCUUUUAAUAUGUAUGCAUUCACCUUGCCUCUUGCACAAAUAUCAGAAGACGAUGACUCCGUAUGUGUGUUGGUUCAUGAGCAACUUGCCGAACCUUGAUCUCCAGUCCAACUGUAGCAUUUCCCCCCCCCCCUUUCCUCUAAAGAGGAACAUUUUGUGGACAAACGGGCGAGAGUGAGCUGUGUGGUGGUGGUGGUUGUGUGUGGGUGUGAAUGAGCCAGAAAACCGAGGGAGGAGGUAUUCGAUCUUUUAACUGCAUCUUUUAACCUAUAGAAAAUGUUUACAUUUGAGCAUGACUGAACAAACCGCUAGCUCCAGGCUGGGUUGUUUUUGAGGUGCACGAGAAGAGGAGGGGUCCAGCUCAUGAGGGAGGUUUCGGGCUGCCAGAUUUCCAGACAAAAUGGCAAAACAACGCAAAGGGUUUUCACUUGAAACCGGGCUGCUAUCGAGGCAAGAUUCCUGCAUUCAGAUUGCAGUGCCCGCGUGGUUUCCAUUUGGGACACAGUGGGCUCCUCUUUGGUCCAGUUUACGGCUGGUUUAUUGCUCAGUCCCUUUAGGAACCGUUGGGAAUGAGUGGUCCCUCCUCCUCACCCAGAACAGGGAGCUUAAUGCCUGUCCCCCUGGGCCUUUCCCCGUUUACCGCCACCACCACCACCGCCCCGGGACAGUUCAAGCAUACUCAUUUUAAGACACACACACCCCUCUCUUACCAAAAAGCAGGGAGCAAAGCUGAGCCAACCAAAGGGUAGCAGGAAAAACAACAGCAAAAAAAUAUUUGUAAACAAAAAGCUGUUUUGAGAAGGUGGUGGUGUCCCCCCCCCCGACAUCAAUCAAAUGCGAAGUAAAGGAGCACAACUAUCAUUUGUCUCUUGGCAUAAAGUACGGUAAGUUGCACGAAAACAGAGGCCAAGGAGGGGCCAGCAUUGCCUUUACAUGUCCAGCCGCUGCUCCUGCCAUCCAUCCUAGGGGGCACCCUCGUAGCCCUUGGAGAACAGGAGAUGCAGAAUAUGUGUAAAAAGCCGUGCCGGUCUCAAAGAGAGGGGGUAAAUGUGGAAAUUGUGCUAUGCCUCCCCCCAUUCCCAACAGGCCUUUGCAGCAGAAACGAAGAAGCACCAGUGGGCUGGCCAAAGGGGGGGGGGGCGGGUGGCCUGCCCAUGACCUGUUUUAUGCGUAGCUGGUGGUUUCUCCAAAGUCAUGCUGGUAAUGACAAUGUGAUGUAAAUAUUCUGUGUGAGUUUACCUGGAUCUGUGCAUUUUGUGCCUUAUUCAUGAGAAUGGUUUUAUUUUUCUGAAGGGGGGAAAAAAGAAACACUAUUAAAACUCUGCCAAGUGUUCUCAGUAACAGCCCAUCGGAAUUCCCCAAACGCCAGUUGUACGUUCUCUCCUCAGUAUCCAGAAAGAUGAAAGAAAGAAGGGGGUGGGGGAAGAUCAUCAUGAGAGCGAUUAAUUGAACAGCACAAAGGCAGCCUAUAAGCCAAGGAGACAGCGGCAUUAAAUCAACCUUGCCGUGCUAAACAUCCCGCCCCACCCGCCUUGCUUAGCGAUCAAACAGGUGUCCUGUGUGAAAUGGUAGGAGGUUUCUAGACUGAUGGCGCCCCUGCCAGAGAGUCCCAAGGAGUGGGGUUGCUCUGGCAGGCACCAGCAUCCGGUGGUCCAUUCCAGGUGGUGCUCUUAGCGCCCUCUCCGCCCACCCGCCUCGUGGGUCCCCGAGUGCUUUUUGGGCGCCUCUCGGCCACGGGGGAAUAUUCAGAACAAGCGCCUUCAGCACAGAACACUGGUUUCUCUUCUGUGUCAAGAACAAAAAAGAUGCUCCUCUCUUUCUCUUGAAAACAAAAGGCAUCUUUCUUCAUUCAUAUAGAGAAUUAGUCCCCUUUUCCAUGUCUGUGUGUUGACCAUUCAGGACUUUUACCUCCCCACCCCUACAGCAACAACAACAAACAACCCAGUAUUUUUUUUCCUUAAAAGACAUUUCAACUAAUAAUUAAUUUUUUAAAAAAAGAGAGAGAAUCAAAUUAUAAACCUGAAUUGACUUUACAAAUAUUAAUGAAUAAUACAUAUUUGUGUGAAACCGAAACAUAAAUGUUACGUGAACCCAAAUAACUUCCUGUAACAAUGUGCUGCCUUGUUAGAUGGUAUUGUGCGUCCUUCUCCGUAUUUAUGUUCGAACUCCUAACAUUCAACAUAGUCUCUAUUCUGUUAAUUUAUUUUUUUUGUUGGGUUUUGGGUUUUUUUCCUUAAACAUGCUUUAUCCAUUUGUGCAAAGGUAAAUGCAGAUUGUAUCUUUUUUAAUGGUACAGCUUAAAAAAAAAGUAACCCUUAAGAAAGUGGCUCUAUAUGGUCUAUAGAGUGCUUUAACAUGUAUAGAUAUCUUGUAAACUUGUAUUGUGGAUGUGUAAAUAAUAUGUUCUUUGGGUUUUUAACACCGCAUGUAAAGUCAGAAUAAACUAUUCAAAAUAAGAACCA